GAGAGAGAGAGGGAGAGCGAGCUGGAGGGAAGUGAGUUGAGGGUUUAAUGUAGGUUUCCUGAGUGAGAAAGGGUGUUUUAUUGUUUUGUCAAGCACAGGGAUAAACCAAAGAUAGACAGACAGCUAUAUAGAUAGAUAAAGAAGUGGUCUAGAUCGAAUCCCACAAUGCUUUGCCAUGUAACGCGGCCGGACUCGGUGGUGAUGGAGGUGGAAGUUGAUGCCAAGGCGAAUGGAGAGGACUGUCUCAAUAAGGUAUGUAGGAAGUUAGGAAUCAUCGAGGUGGACUACUUUGGCCUGCAGUUCUCCGGCAGUAAAGGAGAGAACCUGUGGCUGAACCUGAGGAACCGAAUCUCGCAGCAGAUGGACAGCGUGAUGCCUUGCAGGCUCCGACUGAGGGUCAAAUUCUUCGUCGAGCCCCAUUUAAUCCUGCAAGAGCAGACCAGGCACCUGUUCUUCAUGCAUGUUAAAGAGGAUCUGCACCGCGGUCACCUGCGCAUGUGCUCGGAGCAGGCCGAGGAGCUCAGCGCCCUCCUGGCACAAGCAGAGUUCGGCGACUACAACCAGAACACGGCCAAAUACUGGUACACCGAGCUGUGCAGGAAAGAUCCCGACCAAGAGACUAUUAACAGCAUCAUAUCCAAGCACAAGGCUCUGGAGGGGCUGAGCCAGGGCUCGGUGGAGUAUCAGGCCCUGCAGUUGAUCGCAUCUCUAGAGCACUACGGUGUGGAGUGGCACUGGGCGCGGGACGCAGAAGGCCAGAGGCUGGCGAUUGGAGUGGGACCCGAUGGCAUCGCCAUCUGCAGGGACGACUUCAGCCUGGUCCACAGGAUUUCUUAUCCUUUAAUCCAAAUCGCCACACAGUCGGGGAAGAGUGUGUAUCUGACGGUCCUCAAGGAAAGCAGCGACAGUGUGGUUCUGCUCUUCAAGCUGAUCAGUAACCGAGCAGCUAGCGGGCUGUACCGGGCCAUCACAGAGACGCACGCCUUCUACAGAUGCGACACUGUAACGAAUGCGGUCAUGAUGCAGUACAGCCGGGACUUCAAGGGCCACCUGGCUUCACUUUUCCUCAACGAGAACAUCAACCUGGGCAAGAAGUACGUCUUCGACAUCCGCCGGACGUCCAAGGAGGUGUACGACUACGCCAGACGGGCGCUGUACAAUGCCGGUAUCGUGGACCUGAUGUCCCAGUCGGGUACCCGUUCUCCGUCCUCCCGCUCGCCGUGGCACGGACAGGAGAAUGUGCCAGAGUGUGGGGGGUGUCAGCAGAAUCGGUUGCUGCAGGAGAAGCUGCAGAAGCUGCGCGAGGCCUUCCUGUGCAUGCUGUGCUGCGAGGAGGAGAUCGACGCUGCGUUCUGCCCCUGUGGCCACACCGUGUGCUGCCAGAACUGCGCCACACAACUCCAGUCGUGUCCAGUGUGUCGCUCUGAGGUGGAACACAUCCAGCACGUCUACCUGCCCACCUGCUCCAGUCUGCUGAACCUGACUGUGGGCAGCAACAGUCCUGCACCUAUCCACCGCUCCAUGGCCCCACACACCUGCACCAGCACGGAGUACUGCAGCGACGACAAACUCUGCCAGACCUAAACCAACUUCCACUUUUUUUUUUUUUUAAUUAUUUAUUUAUGACCAUCUCGGACAAACCCGUUCUUAAACCGCCGACGAAGAGAUCUGUUGACAUUGACUUUUUUGUGCUUCAAUCUUAAUUUAAGUAUCAGUUGAUCUGAUAAACGGCUACUCUUAUUUUAAAUGUUGUUGUUCUAAUCCAUACUUUAUCAUCGCUUUCAGUUUGAUUUUAGAAACAUUGUGGGGGGGUUUUUUUCCCCUUCUAUUUAAUUACAUUUUUUUUAAUGUCGCUUUUAUUAUUUCCACGUUUGCUCGUAUUGAACUUUUUGCAGUGGAAUCGUGUGCAGUAUUUGUGUGCAUCAUGUCAUUAUUAUUGCUUUCUUUUAUUCUGAAGGUUACAGGAACACCGAGUGAACACCAACCACUAAUGUUUAUUCCGAUCCAUUUUUAGUGCUCAGUCUCCGGUAUUUCGAGCAUCCCAAAUAUUAACCCUGUGAUGACUUGACUAAACUCAUCACCAUGAGGUCUGAGACGUCCCUCGUAUGCAAAGGCUAGUUGGUGCAGUUUUUGUGGGAAGUAUAGAAAAUGAGGGGAAAAAUAUUGACACCGUCACUUUACCAAGGAGUUUAAGGCAUUAGGGCCUUAACGUAGCAGUAACAGUGUGUUAUGCAUAAUCUUUCUUUGCACAGACUUUUCAUAAAAAUGAAGUUUAUUUUUCUUUAUUCUUGACUGUCACUGCAGGGUGAUUUUAUUAGAUGUAUAUAUUUUUCCGCCCUUUCUACAAAUAGAUUUUGUUUCUGUUUGUUUGAAGCAAAAACUAUACUCUGUACUUGUAGAAUCUUUUUAUACGUAUUUCCUUGAGCAAGAGGUAUUAAUAAAGUUUGACUUUUUAAACAUAA